UCGCUCCAAGUUCCCUCCCUCGCUCUCCGGCGAAGCCUGCCUGAGCCCUCCCACUCGGUGCAGACCGAACCAUCGCGGCCGCGGCGAGCCGGGGCCCUCCACGGCCGCGCGUCCUGGGCCCUCUCGGCUAACCGCGCCGCUGUCUGCCCGUGGCCCCAAGGAGCCCGCAGCGAGGACUCAGCGGCCCCAGCGGCCCGCGCUCGGCCCCCCAGCGGAACCGGCGGCCCGGACCCCGUCCCUCGCGGGCCCCGACUCUUCCUCCCCGCCGUCCCCGGGAGCCUGGCGUCCGGCUCGGGCUACACCUCCCGGUCCUGGAAGCGCGGCCGAGGUGCUUUGGGCCUGUUGAGAUGCAGUCCUGGUCAAAUGAAGUCUUCCCUUAUAUUUCAUGCUGAAGAGAGUACUUUAAGAAAAAAAGGAGUCCCCGUGACUUUUGCCUACCAUCCAUAAAAUAGUUGUUCCUCUUUCAACUCUGCCUGCAGUUGAACACAAAGACCUGGAGGAGACUCCCACAUCCUUCGGGGAGAAGAAAGGAGGCGGGGAGAAGUCAGGAGGUGGAGGCGGCUUCGCCGAUUAAAGGAACUUGUGGCUUGUGGCCUUUUGGUACCAGGGGAUAGUGAAUUAAAGCUGUAGUGGCGAUUAAUGAGCUGUGUGACCUGUGAGAUGAGGCGCUGCUGCUGCUGCUGCCGCCGCCGCCGCUGCUGCUACUGACACUCCAGGUUCCAGGUCCGUCUGCUGCCCUUUGUGCUUCGUGUACAUGUGUCUGUUCAGCGCAUCCGGAGGCGCGCAGAAGAGAAUCCAACACGGCCGCCGGGGAGAGACCACCCGCCAUGCCCACGGAGACCCUGCAGACAGGUAGCAUGGUGAAGCCGGUCAGCCCCGCCGGCACCUUCACCUCGGCGGUGCCGCUGCGCAUCCUCAACAAAGGGCCCGACUACUUUCGCAGGCAGGCCGAGCCCAACCCCAAAAGGCUCAGUGCGGUGGAGAGGCUCGAAGCCGAUAAGGCCAAGUAUGUCAAGAGUCAGGAGGUCAUCAACGCCAAGCAGGAGCCCGUGAAGCCGGCCGUGCUGGCCAAGCCCCCGGUGUGCCCCGGCGCCAAGCGCGCGCUGGGCAGCCCCACGCUCAGAGUGUUCGGGCCCAACGCCAAGACCGAGAGCGGAGUGCAGAGGGAGACCCUGAAGCUCGAGAUCUUAAAGAACAUCAUCAACAGCUCGGAAGGCUCCAGCACGGGCUCGGGUCACAAGCACAGCUCUCGAAACUGGCCGCCGCACAGGCCAGACGCCACCGACCUGCACCGGCACUCCUUCGCCGAGUCCCUGAAGGUCUACCCGACGCAGGGCCGCGGCAGCCCGCAGGAGAGCAGCUCCCACGUGGGCAGGAGGCUGCUGGAGCAGACGGCCGAGUCCUUCCUCCACGUCUCCCACAGCUCCUCGGACAUCCGCAAAGUGACCAGUGUGAAGCCCUUAAAAGCGAUCCCCUGCAGUAGCUCUGCCCCUCCGCUGCCUCCCAAACCCAAGGUUGCAGCCAUCGCCACCAUGAAGUCCCCCGAAGCCGACCCUGUGGAACCAGCUUGCGGAGUCAGCCGGAGACCCUCCCUCCAGCGGUCAAAGUCAGACUUGAGUGACAGAUAUUUCCGGGUGGAUGCAGACGUGGAGAGGUUCUUCAACUACUGUGGACUGGACCCCGAAGAGCUGGAAAACCUUGGAAUGGAAAACUUUGCAAGGGCUAAUUCUGACAUCAUAUCCCUCAACUUCCGCAGCGCAAGCAUGAUCAGCUCAGACUGUGAACAGUCUCAGGACAGUAACAGUGACCUUAGAAAUGAUGACAGUGCCAAUGACCGGGUGCCAUACGGCAUUUCUGCGAUCGAAAGAAAUGCUAGGAUCAUCAAGUGGUUAUAUAGCAUCAAACAAGCUAGAGAGUCACAGAAGGUCUCCCACGUGUAAGAGAAAGUGUGUGCAAAGGAGGGAGGGAUGGGUCUCUGUGCAUCCGCAAUUGUGAAGGUUGUGAGGUCUCCUUGAAGUCUUGUGAGCUUCUCCACUCUCUUUGUGUUGCUUGUUGUGCAAUGUUUUCAAGUUGCAUGCCUGUCAACAUGGGGACUGACCUGGCUUCCACGUCAACCAUCACUGCAGAGCCUGGCUGAACACAUGUCAUCUGCCAAAAGUGUCAGGCCAGAAUCUGAUUAGGGCUUUGAUCUUAAGCAAAACUGUUUACAGGAAAACGGUAUACAACUUCUUCAAUAUUUAUGUGGUUCUUGUGUUUUUAUAUCCCGCGCUGUUGUGUCUUAAUUAAAAGUUUUAUCAACUGGC